GCCAUAAAUGGCUGUUAGAAGUCGUACUGGCGUUGUUUCGGUUGUAACGGAUGACGGUGAUGAGCUCGAGAAGCUUGCGGCCUGGACGUGUAAAUCGAUGCUAUCGAAAUCGCUUUGCGAGGACAUGGAGUCGACGUCGUCAGACAGUGAAGAGGAGAGUGACUCGAGAUUGCCGGAGGUUCUGCCUCUGACGUCCGGCGAAAGCCAAAGUAAAAUAUAUGCAAAAAGUGUUGACGAUAUCCAGUUAGCUUCAAGUUUGGAUCCCGGAAUCAGUCUGUCUGAGGACAUCUAUCUCGACCUGAAUGGAAUGAGUCGGCACUUGGACAUCCAGAACAGGAAAAAGUCGGACGAUGAAUUGAUGGCUAAAAGUGUUAUCAUUCCUGGAUUUGAGAAGCUUCACAGUGUACCUCUCGCAUUCAAGUCGCGGCGACAGCGACAAAGAGAGAAUAAGGCCAUGAGGGAGCGGAGUCUUGGCGACAAGUGGUUCGGAAUGCCUGCAGUAGAAUUAACUCAAGACAUGAAAAGAGAUCUCAAAGUCUUAAAGAUGCGAGACUCUCUUGAUCCGAAACGAUUUUACAGGAAGAGCGAAUCGUCGCUAAACCCUAAGUAUAUCCAGAUUGGUACAGUAGUCGAGGGUGCAGGCGAGUUCUACUCGGCACGAAUACCCAAACGUAAACGAAAACAAACGUUAGUCGAUGAGCUGCUGGCAGAUGACACAUUUCGACAGUAUAGCAAGAGGAAAGUUGAUUCAAUUCGUGCAGAAAAACCUAAAGGAAAGAGGAGAGCCAACAGAGGAAAGGGAGACAGAGAAGAUGUCAACUCGAGGAAAAAACGAAGAUAUUAGUUAAUUACAAAUUAUUUAUUAGGCUGUUGGUUGAUUAAUUAAGAUUAACAUUGUAAGAUUAAACAGCAACAGUUUGGAGACGAAUUCUGUCUGUUUAGUUGUACACUACUCUAGAACAG